AUGGCUUCGCUAAAUGUAUCAAAUCUCGCACCUCCGCCUUCUCGCUAUCUUAUAACUGGUUAUCCUUCAUUGGCUGCCUUUAUUGCAAGCGAUCCGGACCGUACAGCAGGUAUCUACAAGCGAUUUGACCGGCUAGCAGCAAGGAAUCUACUGUAUCUCCAAAGCGAAUUGGCCGAUCUGCAAGCAGAGCUAGAUGUUCUGGAUGAAAAAGACAAGGCAGACCGAGCUUCGAAACAAUGUGCAAGAAACUGGCAUGACUUCAAGAAAAGGGCUGAGCAAGAGCCAUCUCGAUUACAGCUUGUAAAUGACAUUCGGGCGACAUUAAAGGAGUACCGAGAAGCCCUGUUCGCCGAGGAGAAGCUGGCUUCCAUGCCACAUCCAGAUAAAAAGACCUUAAACGCAUUUCGAUUCACAUUCUUCCAUGGACGACCCGGUGAUAGCAUGAGCUUUCCCACACUUGGUGGGAGUAGCAAAUGGGUAUAUGACGAUGCUAAUGACCUUGUCGCUACCAAGAACCCAGCAGAACAAGAUCGGCUCUCUAUGUUCAUACAAGAUAAUUUCGCUUUCCUCUUCAAAGUUUGUUACUUCCCCUUCUUCAAGUACAAAUGGUCUCGUGUUCAUGCUGACCGAUGUAAACUUAAGGAAUACCGACCUUCCAAGGACAACCUACCAACCCAUAGUGACUCCGUAAGAUAUAUAUCCGGUCGCAGGAUAUCGGUUUUUGCAUCUUAUAUCAGCACCGUGUUAGUGAGCAUGCUCCUUAUAGGCGCCGUUGUCAUUCUGUACUUGGUCCCGUCAUCGAAUGUGAGACUCGGGCUUAUAUCACUCUUCACCGUCCUCUUUGCCAACAGUGUCGCCUUGUUGACUAACGCUAGAAGGACAGAGGUAUUUGGUGUCACAGCGGCGUAUGCAGCAGUCCUCGUCGUGUUCGUCAGUGGCAAUUUAGAACGCCCACUCUCGGUUAUCAUGGCCGGCUUCCCGGCUAUCAAACCGGCGUUUACCGUGAGGGUCUUAAUUGAUGCGCCAUUUCCUGUUGGAAGCCAUCACCGCACGACAUCUCUCGUCAUCGUGCCAAUGGUUGGCGGAAGUAUCAUCUCGGAGCCUGGAUUUACCCCGGCCUUGAAUGCCAAAUUCGAAGGGACUGGCAACGACUAUAUUCGUAACGACCCUGAUGGAAAGCGAAUGCGCUUAGAUGCGCAUGGCGUGGUUAGAACCCAUGAUGAUGCAUUGAUUUACCUCCAUUAUAAAGGAACAGUGAUUAUGACCGAGGGUAUUAGUAAAGCUUUGUCGGGCCAGUCUGGCGACGCAGAGACGCCAUACGGUGACAGCUUUGUCUCUUUCGAAAUUGAGACUGGAGAUGAGAGAUACAAGGAUCUCGAGAACGGUGUCUUCGUCGGUCAGGGCCACUUCGUUACCAAGACAGGAGAACAGACCAUUGUUGAAUACAAGGUCGGCCAGGUUGUUGUAGGCUAG